CGUGGCAGCGGAGGGAUAAUCGGAGCAGCCCGAGGGGAGAGACCAGAGUGGUGGGUUGGCUGAGUGCGGCGUCCGUCCUUCCGCGCCUCGGACCGGCGCUCGCACCCGUCGAGACCGGUACCGCAGCGGAUCAGUAACACCGAGAGUGGGGUUUGUGGAGGAGGGCCUACCAUGGGGCUUUGCAAGUGCCCCAAGAGGAAGGUGACCAACCUGUUCUGCUUCGAACACCGGGUCAACGUCUGCGAGCACUGCCUGGUAGCCAAUCACACCAAGUGCAUCGUCCAGUCCUACCUGCAGUGGCUCCAAGAUAGCGACUAUAACCCCAAUUGCCGCCUGUGCAACGUCCCCCUGGCCACCCGGGAGACGACCCGCCUCAUCUGUUAUGAUCUCUUCCAUUGGGCCUGCCUCAAUGAACGUGCUGCCCAGCUCCCCCGAAACACAGCACCUGCUGGCUACCAGUGCCCCAGCUGCAGUGGCCCCAUCUUCCCCCCAGCCAACCUGGCUGGCCCCGUGGCCUCCACGCUGAGAGAGAAGCUGGCCACAGUCAACUGGGCCCGAGCAGGACUGGGCCUUCCUCUGAUCGAUGAAGUGGUGAGCCCGGAGCCUGAGCCCCUCAACACCUCCGACUUCUCUGACUGGUCCAGCUUUAAUGCCAGUGGUACCCCUGAACAAGAAGCGAUAGCCAGCGCUUCUGCCCCAGCUUUCUACAGCCAAGUCCCCCGGCCCCCCGCUUCCCCGAGCAGGCCCGAGCAGCACACGGUGAUCCACAUGGGCAAUCCCGAGCCCUUGACUCACGCCUCAGCCCCCAGGAAGGUGUAUGAUACGCGGGAUGAUGACCGGGCACCAGGCCUCCAUGGGGACUGCGAUGAUGACAAGUACCGUCGCCGGCCUGCCCUGGGCUGGCUGGCCCAGCUGCUCAGGAGCCGGGCUGGGUCUCGUAAGCGGCCACUGACCCUGCUCCAGCGGGCGGGGCUAUUGCUGCUGCUGGGGCUACUGGGCUUCCUGGCCCUCCUUGCCCUCAUGUCUCGCCUGGGCCGGGCUGCAGCUGACAGCGAUCCUAACCUGGACCCGCUCAUGAACCCUCACAUCCGUGUGGGUCCCUCCUGAGCCCUUGCUUGUGGCUGGGCCAGCCUGGGACCUGGCGGCCUAAGGAGGGGAGCUGGGGAGAUCUGGGGGCCCUUCUUCUCUGCUCCUCUCCCUCAAGCCUGAGACACUAAGAUCCCAGGCCCAAAGCUGAGUCCACCAGAGUGGCCGCAGGCUGGGCCUGGGGUCCCUGUAGGUCAAGCAUUUUCUUGACCUGUUUUUCCUGGGUCUCCAGCCUCCCAUCCCCCACUCCACAGAGGAGAUGACAGGUGGAAAUAAAUGACAGACUUUAUUAAAAUACC